UGGCAUUUUCUAAUUUAAACUUACAUAUAAAGUUAUACUAUUGCAUAGACGUCUCUCGCUUAUCACAUUUGUGUAGCACGGUGUCGAUAUAAUACGUAACAAAAUUGGCGAAUAUUAUAAUACGGUUGCGAUACAAUAUGAUUUCAAAAAAUCAAGUAUUGGCUUCUAUUUCGAUUUUAUCGUUAAUACGAGGAGUUUCAAAGAACAAUGAGAAACAAAAAUAAAUAGAUUAACUGUUUUGUAAUUAGAAAGCAAUUAUGGAUGUGUCAUCAUCAUUACAACAACAACGUAUCAUUGUGGAACAAUUGAGACGUGAAGCAGCUGUCGAUCGUCAAACGGUAUCCGAAUCAUGCGCGGCCAUGAUACGUUAUAUAACACAACAUGAACAAGAGGAUUAUCUAUUGACUGGUUUCACCAGUCAAAAAGUUAAUCCAUUCCGUGAGAAAUCAUCAUGUAGUGUAUUGUAAAUCAACGAAGUCAUAGGAGCAAAAUGGGUAUUUAUUAUAUAUAGCAUGGCAUCGCAUUGUGUGAGAUUUGAUUCAACGAAUAAAAAAACCAAAAAUAAAAAAAAAUUUCAAAGCUUACUCCUUGAACAUGAAGUCAAAGGACCUUCACACACAUACAAAAAAAGAAAAAGAAACACCCGAACAAACACACACACACACACACACACACAUGUAGGACAAAAAAGGGUUAAAAGUAUUUGAAUCUUAAACCACCACCAUUACGAUGAUAAUAUGAAAGAGAAACACAACACAAAUAUAUAUAUGUAUAAAAUAAAAUAAUAGCGAUAAAUAUUCCAAAUUAUUACAACAAAGACAGAUCUACAACAACAUAUGCACAUUAAGCAUUUCGAGACAAUUUAAUAAAAUAACCCUACGGAUAUAUCUACAUAUAUCUACACCUAUAUAUACACUUACACUUGUCUAUACAAUAAUAAUUAUAAUAAUAAUAAAUGGUUAUAAUAAGAAAAAAGAAAAACUGUAUUUUUGUGAAUGGAGAAAUGAAAAAAAAAGAAGAAAUAUAAUAAUAAAUAAUAUGCAAGGAACAGGAAGAGGAAGGAAACAUUGGAAAGACGCUGAAAAAGUCAAGUUAAUCUUAUGAAAAAGCAUACAUAUAUAUAAAGAAAAUAAAUACAAAUAUUAGCAACAAAAUAUAUCGUUUGUUAAACAAAACAAAAACUAAAUCUGAGGAAUUUAUAAACGAAUAAAUCAAUUACAAAGCGCUUCGUAUUUAAUUAACAAAACAAAAACAAACAAAAAAAACAAAUACACGGGAUACAUAUGAACGAUGCAAGCCACUCCAACAAAAAUUGAAUGAAUUCACACAAAAAAAAAAAAAAAAAAAUUAAAAAAAAAAAAAAA